AUGCAGAAAUUGUGGAAAUUGAGUUUGCGACUGGAUAAAGCAGCUGAUUUAGAACAUAAACAUAUAAAUGAUCUAUCGCAGUUGCCCGAAUUGACGUCAUUGACGAUCACAUGGAUCCAAGCUCCCAGCUCAUCUUACAGGGGAGCUGGCAGCAAGUCAAAGAGACGCAAGAAAUCCUCUAAGAAGCACAAAAAACAAGAGAACAGUUCGAUAGGAGGCCAGCGUUUUCCUGGUAAACUGAUGAAGCUAGAUUUGCGUGGCUACCCUAGACCUUCCAUGCCGCAGUGGGUAACUCCUUCACGGGUAGAAAAACUCGAGAAACUCUACAUCAGAGGAGGUAACCUUGCGAAUCUCAACUUGGAUUCUCACCCUGAUAAUCAGUGGGCGGUCAAGAUCUUGCGGCUCAAGUUCCUCGCUAACUGCGAGGUCGAGUGGUUGGACCUGCGACAUCAUUUCCCAUCUCUGGUCUACUUGGAAAAGUUUCAGUGUCCAAAGCUCAAGUUUUUCCCAUGCGAUGGCUAUGGCGUCUGGAUGAAUCCCCAUGCUAAGGAAGAGAAAUGA